AUGGUCUUCUUCUACUACAGCACCUCCUGUAGGGUGUUGCAGGCACAGCAGAGGCAGCUGGCCUCCUCUGGCUCUGAGAAGCUGGUGAAGUCUCGCAGGAACAUGUUGGUGCUGGUCAGCAUCUUCUGUGUUUGUUUUGUCCCCUAUCACCUCGUUCGACUUCCCUAUACUUUUCUGCGGAGCAGCUGCUCUGUUGGUUCAGUGUUGUACUACCUGAAGGAAGUGGCCACCAUGGUGUCAGUUUUCAACAUCAGUCUGGACCCUCUUGUUUACUUUUACCUCUGUAAGACUUUUCGGGCUCAGGUGAACCUGAGAAAGGUUUUGGGGAAGAACAUCCAACAAGCCAGGAGAACUCCGAGCUCUGCUGAGGCGCUCGUCUUUGACACAAGUUACCACACCAAUCACUUCCUGGUCAACCCUUUCUUUAUGCUGGUCUACAGUCUGCUGUUUCUGGUGGGUUUACUCCUCAAUGGCUUCAUCCUAAAGUUUUACAUUUCUCAAACUCAGCAGCAGGCAUCCAGAAGCUUGAUGGUCUACCUGCAGAACCUGACAGCUGCUGACUUCCUGCUCUGCCUCUGUCUGCCACUGCGGAUAAUCCACUAUGCCAGCAACUCGGCCAUUUUGCACAUACUCCACUGCAGCAUUGGAGCUACUUCCCUGUACCUCAACAUGUACACCAGCAUCCUUUUCAUGGGGUACAUCGCUGUUAACAGGUAUCUGACAAUCAUCCAUCCUUCAGGAACUCACAUCCUGCAGACAGUACGAACUGCCCACAUCGUCUCCACGGUCACCUGGGUUUUUCUCCUGGCUCCAACAAUCGCCUACAACAUCAUGUUUUUCAUUACUCACAAACCUUUCACCUCUGACCGCUGCUACUGUGGGCCCCUCUUCAGUACGUCAUUCAGCAUCCUUCAUAAAGCAUUCCAAAUCAGCUGCACCAUCAUCUUCCUCUUAGUCUUCAUAUGCCUGGUCUUCUUCUACUACAGCAUCUCCCGCAGGGUGUUGCAGGCCCAGCAGAGGCAGCUGGCCUCCUCUGGCUCUGAGAAGCUGGUGAAGUCUCGCAGGAACAUGUUGGUGCUGGUCAGCAUCUUCUGUGUUUGCUUUGUCCCCUACCACCUGGCUCGUCUUCCCUAUGCUUUUCUGUGGGACACCAACACUGUGGGCCGGCUAUUGUACUACCUGAAGGAGGCUGCCGCCAUGGUGUCAGUUUUCAACGUCUGCCUGGACCCACUUGUUUUACUUUACCUCUGUAAGACUUUUCGGGUCCACGUGAGAAAGGCAUCCUGGAGAGUCAACAAUCCAAACAAACAAACCAGGAGAGUGAGAGCAGCAACGAGCCAAACCAAGGAGCUGUAA